AUGCAGAUCCAGUUCCAGGCGUUUGUCGACCGGCUGCGCAGCGGCGCCAGCCCCGAGUUCCCCGCGGAUGCCGCCGCCCUGGCCUUUGCGCAGGAGCUGGAUUCCCAAGACGCGCUGAGGCACCUGAGGGACGAGUUUGUUCUUCCCUCGAGAGACUCGCUGAGGAAAAAGGCCCUGGAUGGCCGUGUUCCAGGCCAGGCCACGCUCGACGACGGCGCCAGUGGCACGGCAAGCCACCAGCAGCAGCAGCAGCAGCCGUCGGCAGCAGCAGCAUCGGCCCCGUGCCUCUACUUCGCGGGCAACUCGCUGGGCGCCCAGCCCCGGGCCGUCCGCGACUACGUCAACGCCCAGCUCGAGACGUGGGCGUCCAUCGGCGUCAACGGCCACUUCACCAGCUGGCCAAACUCGCCGCUGACCCAGUGGCAGGACAUGGCCGAGCAGUGCGCCCGGCAGUCGUGCGACCUGCUCGGCGCCUCCGCCCACGAGAUUGUCAUCAUGAACUCCCUCACCGUCAACCUGCACCUCAUGAUGGCCAGCUUCUACCGGCCCGCCGGCCGCCGCCACAAGGUCAUCCUCGAGUGGAAGCCCUUCCCCAGCGACCACUACGCCAUCGAGAGCCACGUUGCCUGGCACGGGCUGGAUCCCGCCCGCAGCAUGGUCAAGCUGGAGCCCGACGCCGGCGGCCUCAUCCCCACCGACAGCAUCCUCCGCUCCAUUGACGAGCACGCCGACGAGACGGCCCUGCUGCUGCUGCCCGGCAUCCAGUACUACUCGGGCCAGCUGUUCGACAUGGCCCGCAUCACCGCCCACGCCCGCCGCCGCGGCAUCACCGUCGGCUGGGACCUCGCCCACGCCGCCGGCAACGUCGAGCUCCGCCUGCACGACUGGGACGUCGACUUUGCCUGCUGGUGCACCUACAAGUACAUCAACGCCGGGCCCGGCGCCAUCGCCGGCGCCUUCGUCCACGAGCGCCACGGCUCCGUCGCCUGGCCCCGCGGGCCGUCGGGCGCGCCGUCCUACCACCCCCGCCUGGCCGGCUGGUACGGCGGCGACAAGCGCGUCCGCUUCAACAUGGACAACGACUUCGUGCCCACCCCCGGCGCCGCCGGCUACCAGCUCUCGAACCCGUCCGCCAUGGACCUCGCAGCCCUGUCCGGCGCCCUCUCCGUCUUCAACAAGACGUCGAUGCGGAGCCUGCGCUCCAAGGCCCUCGUCCUCACCGCCUACGCCGAGUUCCUGCUCGACCGGAUGCUCGACGAGACCCGGGGAGACGCCACGCCGCUCUUCACCAUCAUCACGCCCAGGGAUCCCCUGCAGCGCGGCACGCAGCUGAGCGUCCUGCUGCGCGACGGGCUGCUGGACAGCGUCUCGCACGCCCUCGAGGAAAACGGCGCCAUCUGCGACAAGCGCAAGCCCAACGUCAUCCGCGUGGCCCCUGUUCCCUUGUACACGCGCUUCGAGGACGUGUGGGAGUACAUGCAGAUUCUGAGACGAGCCUUGGGACUGAAAACGACCUAG